GCUGCAACAGUGAGUUUCAGGUACAAAAAUGAUUCGGCAACGAGCGGUGCGGAAGUGGAAGAAGGAAGUCUUCAACUUGGGAGCAUAUCAGCACAGCAGAUUCCCAAUGAGCAACAGCAGUCACAGAUACAGCAACAACAGAUCGGCUUUCAAACGCCAGCUUAUGCAUUCUCCUACAAUCCAGAUCCGUAUUUACAGGCACAGCAGCUGCACCAACAGUACAGCAGUAUCGCGGGUGCCACAUCGCAAUCAUUUCGUGAGCAUGCUACUGAGAUCACUCGGAUCGCCUGCUAUCAACAGCAGACUAACGUACCAGGCAGCCGGGAGUACCUAAUGGUAACAGGUCGGCCGCAGCAGGUAUUCGUGCAACAACUCGCACAACAACAUUUUUCUUCCACGGCUUCAGUACAACAACAGGAGCAGCAGCAACAAGACCUACAACACCAUGCAAUUGUGACUGAUUCUCGGGGAAAUACUGUAGGCCAUUUUUCGGUCUUUCAUGCAUUGUAUCGUUUUCAUCCCCGAGUAUGUUUGCAACAACUGCGAGAGUUCGCAGGACAUGGUUACACCAUCAUCGGUGCAGUCCAGUGGGAGCGAGCAGUGCGGGGUGAUACGCAAAGGUUAGCAUCAUCUCUCUGCGCAGUGGCGUGUAUGCAGCAGCUUUGGUUUUGUCAGGACCUGCUCAAAUUUCGAUUUUUCUUGGUUCCACCAACAAUAUAA